UUCGGAGGAAAGGUCCAGAAGCGCCGCCGCCGCCGCAGCAGCGACACGCUCCCUACGGCAUGGCGCCGGCGUACCUGGCGACCAUACCCGCGCUCCGGCGCGCGGCGCGGCGGGACCCGGCGGCGCUGUUCUCGUCGGGGAUCGUCGCCGGCGACAAGCCCGUUCUGGUGCGCGAUUUCGUGAGGUCGGCGCUCUACGACCCCAACCACGGCUACUUCUCCAAGCGGUCGGGGCCCGUCGGCGUGCUCGACUCCGCCAUCCGCUUCCACAAGCUCGACGGGAGGAAUGCGUACAUGAAGCAUCUUGAUAAGCUGUAUAAGAUGCAUGAUAUCUCUUGGUUUACUCCAGUGGAGCUUUUUAAGCCAUGGUAUGCCUAUGCAAUAGCUGCGUCAAUCCUUCGCACGGCUAAUCUUUCAGUCCCAUUGAAGAUAUAUGAAAUCGGAGGUGGAUCCGGGACAUGUGCAAAGUGCGUACUUGAUUACAUGAUGUUAAAUGCCCCGCCAAAAGUCUACAAUAAUAUGAAAUACAUCUCAGUAGAGAUUAGCUCCUCCCUUGCUGAAAAGCAGUUGGAAACUGUCGGUGAAGUGCAGAGCCAUUUGUCAAAGUUCACAGUGGAGCAUCGUGAUGCAACUGACGUAGCUGGAUGGGGCAGCAAGGAUCCUCAACCAUGCUGGGUGCUAAUGCUUGAGGUACUUGACAAUCUACCUCAUGACCUUGUCUAUUCACCAGAUCAGGUCUCUCCAUGGAUGGAGGUGUGGAUUGAAAAAGUAAAUGGCAGUUCACAAGUCUGUGAGGUCUACAAACCAUUGCAAGACCCAUUAGUUUCCUGCUGCAGUGAGAUUGUUGGCAUGAAUGAAGAGAAUCCAUCUUUGAGAGAAAAACUAUCAUUCGCUGCAAAAGGACUCAUCUCAAAAGUAUUCCCGAAGCCUCGGAGAGCUUGGUUACCAACCGGAUGCUUGAAACUACUGGAUACUUUGCAUCAAGCUUUGCCAAGUAUGUCCCUUAUUGCUUCAGACUUCAGUUAUCUUCCUGAUGUUAGCAUACCUGGCGAUAGAGCUCCAUUGGUUUCUUCAAAGAAGGAUGGGAAAACUUUGGAUCAUCCCAACUAUCUUGAUGCACGGGGCGAUGCAGAUAUCUUCUUCCCAACCGAUUUCUUGCUGUUGGAGCAGAUCGACCACCACUGCUCUGGUUUCUCGAAAGACCAGAUGAAUCGUGGUGCAUUUAAACCUGUGAAGAGUAGGAGAACAAUCAUACUUGAUUCGGCUGCCUUUAUGGAGGAGUUUGGGCUGCCACUGAAGACGAGGACCAAAGAUGGAUACAAUCCACUUCUUGAUGAUUUCAGGAACACAAAGUUCUAUCUCAGUGUGCCUACCCACAACAAGAAGUAGUAGUCCAGCAUGCCUGCGUCGCUUCUUCUGUUUGCCAUGAGGCGCUGCAUUAGACGCCAGUGAAUACCUAAUAUGCAACUCAGUAAUCAAUUUGUCAGAGCAGGUUAUUUAUGUUUUUUUUCCUGUAGAAGACCGAAAUUCUUAGGUUGGUCAAAUUUGAGGCCACAGUUCAACUUCAGGCAUGCUGCCGCCUUUUCUAUGUUUGAUUGAUGGCACGGAAGUGAAUAAUACCAUUUGAGGCCACAGUUCAAUUCACUUACAAUC